CCACGGGGCGAGCGGAGUUCUCAUUCGUCCAGUGACAUUGAACUGAAAGUUCCGGUCCAGCCUACUGACAAACUAAAUCAACUGCACCCUAAAGUGCGAAUACGUUUUUAUUUUUUUUUAUUAGCCAACCGAAAGGAUUGAUCUUCAGAAGCAAGUGUAACAGUGACUCUUGUCAACAUGUCCAAGUUUUGAAAUUGACCGUGCCCAGUGUAAGAGAGCAUCCCCCACCCCUAAGACCCACAUGUGUAUCAUCUUCUUCAAGUUCGACCCUCGGCCUGCAUCCAAAAAUGCCUACAGGCUAAUUUUGGCCGCAAACAGAGAUGAGUUCUACAACAGGCCAACCAAAGCUGCAGACUUUUGGGCGAACAACAGCGAAAUCCUCAGCGGGCUGGACCUGGAGGAGGGGAAGGAAGGAGGAUCAUGGCUGGGGAUUAACAAGAGGGGCAAGCUGGCCGCACUGACCAAUUACCUGGAGGGAAGGCCCAAUCCAGACGCACAAGGAAGAGGGUUCCUGGUGUCCAAUUUCCUGGCAGAUCAGAGCCAGGACAGCUACUCCUACCUGAAGAGGGUGUCAUCUGAGGGACAUCUCUACAAUGGCUUCAACCUCCUCACCGCUGAGUUCAAGGCCAAAGAAGACACUGUGUGUUACUAUGGAAACAGGGGCAGUGCCGAACCCAUCCGUCUAAAUCCAGCAGGAAUCUAUGGUUUGAGUAACUCCCUGUUGGAGACCCCAUGGAGGAAGCUACAGCAUGGGAAGAGACUGUUUACCAGCGUAGUGAACCAGACACUGCCUUGUGACAGCCUGGUCCAUGAUCUGCUCAACGUCCUCAACAACGAGGAGCUGAACACCCCUGACCCAGCCCAGGAGAGCCAGGGUGAAGGGUACAGCAGCCCCAUGCUCCGGGCCCUGUCCUCUGUGUGUGUUCGCUCCCCGCAUUACGGCACAAGGACCAAUACCAUUAUCCUAAUAGAUGCAUCAGGGAAUGUGACCUUCACAGAGCGCACCAUGCUCAACUGUGACGUCAGCCAAUGGAGCACAAGCUCUUUCCAGUUCAAAAUCCAGAACUGAAGACCGCUAAAUGGGGCUAUAUGGGAAUCACACUCUGUGCCUUUCUGCAUCCAACCUCCUCCCUAUCCCUCCUUCUUCCACAGCAAGCUCUGGCUUCACAACAGUGAAAUGAACAUGAAGAUUGAUUUGCUAUUUAAAAUGGUGGUGGGAGAGAGUCAAAUUAUGGCACUUUUUUUCAGAGAGAUUGUUGCACUGUUCAUGUAAUUGUCUUUGGGGAAUACGUUUUAGCUUGACUUAGACGUGUGAAUUAAUUAAAUCAUACAUAAUGGGCGCUAUUCUUAUUUUGUUAAUUGGAUUAAAAUAUUAUUUUGAGGUGUGUGCUUAAGUGUAUUGCCAAAGAACAAAUGUAAUUUAAUAACCAAAGUAAAUUAUUUACAUUUAA